AUGGUUGGAGCUCCAAUAUCUAUAUCGUCUGAGAACAAUACUCGAUUUGAUGACCUACUCUGGGAUCGAGCUGCUGGAAAAGUCCAAUGCGAUAGACCUUACAGAUUUGAUAUCGCUACUCCACCUUCACUUGGUAAUGACAUUUGCACGCGGUGUCGUGCAGUGCAUAACCUAUCACCACCUCAGACGAUCACUAUCGCUAGCGAGCUUGUGGAAAUCGUUGUCUCCGUUCUUGCUGAAGAUGAGCAUUCAUUUAUCACCGGGUUCAAGCUUGUCUACGGCAAAAUUUCACCAGGCAUGCUUUUAGCUAUCAAAUUCCUCAAAAGCAGAUCAAAAUUGAUCUUCGCGGUCAAUCGUUGGUAG